AUGCCACAAACCAAAGAACAGCGAAGAGCACAACAGCGUUUAUGUAAAAAAAGACGCUAUAACCAAAUAAAAAAUGAUCCGGAGCUGCUAGCAAUUGAAAAAGAAAAACGAAAAAUGCAAUAUCUUAAGAGAAAAGAAGAGAAAAAAGUUCUCCAAAUUAAAGAUAGAACGCCUCGCUCUCAAAGAGAACAACGGAAAAGAUGGAAAGAAAACUCUAGAAGAUAUAGAAAGAAAAAUAAAGAAGGAAACAAUAAUGAAAUAAAACUGGAGACUAUUCAGAUCGAAGAAGUCUCGGCCUUAGGAGCUACUGAAGAACCUGAUAAAAAUAUUGAAGAACAGGAUCCUCUAAAACACGGCUCUGAAUGUCCGGCUGUUAAACGUGCUGUUAGAGCAAUCCGAUACAAGGAACUUAAGAAAAGAAAAAUACUACUAUCUAUCAUAAAUGCAUUAAAAAAGAAAAACGAGUCACAACUUAAAACAAUAAGAAAACAACAGAAAAAACUACAAUUUAUCUCUUUGAAGUCAUCGAGUACAGAUAUAUUAAAACAACAAAAACUCAACGAUAAAUCAACUAUAAUACCAAAUCAUUUAUCUUUGUGUCAAGCAAACCGUCGAUCUAAAAUUAAUAAAAUCAUUUCGUUUUAUUGCGAGGAUUCUAAUAGUACAGUUGCAGCAGGGAAAAAAGAAUAUAUAACAAGGAAUAAGAAAAGAAUGCAGAAGAGGUAUCUAACGGCUCCAUUAAUUGAUUUAUAUAAAAAAUUUAAACAUUCAGCUAAUUCCGACAUCCAUUACUCAUUUUUUUGUAAAAACCGACCAUUUUGGGUUUUGUAUCCUAAGCCUACUAACAGAGAAACUUGCAAGUGUUCUAUUCAUACAAACAUGGAGCUGCUUGUGACUGCCAUGAAUAAGUCAUCCAUCUUGAACGAAAAGAAUCCAUCAGACAUAUUAUCGACGCUGUGUUGCGAUUCAUUUAAUACUAAUUGCUUGCAAAGAGUCUGCAAAACAUGUGCGUCUCGAAAUCUUAUAUAUAGAGAGUUUAAUAAUGAGAUAGAUUUAACAUUUUUUGAGUGGAUAAAAGUUACGAAAGAAGUUAUUUUGGAAAACGGAACUAAGAAAAGACAAAUAAUAACACUGAAACAAAAGGUAGUUAUGAAACCUAUGGAAGCCAUUGCAAAACUGGAAAAUGAACUGACAAAGUAUAUGGACCAUACAUAUAAAAUUUGUAAUCAAUACAAAGUUAUAAAAUGUCUGAAAGAAAACUUAAAUAUUCAUGAAGCUGUAGUACACGUGGACUUUUCUGAAAAUUAUAAUUUAAAAUAUGCCCAAGAAAUUCAAUCGUUCCACUUCGGAGUAAGUCGGCAACAAGUUUCACUUCAUACAGAUGUGAUUUACACGCAUAGUUUUAUAACUGGUGAGGUAUGCCCUAUAUCAAUGUGUACCCUUAGCUCCUGUCUUCAGCAUGACGCUGCUUCUAUUUGGGCUCAUUUAGUUCCUGUUCUUGACGAAGUCAUAAGGCUUAAUCCUUUCGUGGAUACUGUUCAUUUUCUUUCCGAUUCUCCGUCAUCACAAUAUAGAAAUAAAUAUAUGUUUUACAUUAUAAGUCAAUUGACAUCCAGCCAUUCCAAUAUAACAAGAAUUACGUGGAACUAUUCAGAAGCUGGACAUGGAAAGGGUGCUCCUGACGGUGUAGGUGCUACUGUAAAAAGAACAGCUGACCAGAUGGUCCAUUUCGGUUUAGAUGUUGGAAAUUUUGAUCAGUUUUAUGAAAUUAUAAGUUCAAGAAUAGAUAACGUUAUUAUAAAAAGAGUUACUGAAGAAGAAAUAAUUCAGAAAAAAAGAUUGAUUCCUGAGAAGUUGAAACCAUUCAGAGGCACCCUUUCUGUGCAUCAGGUUCUGUGGGAUAAGUUUAUACCUAGAAUUACUAUGAGAAACGCGAGUUGUUUUUUAUGUAAUGUGGGUGACGUGUGCGCGCAUGGCAAGCAUUUGGGAUAUAUCAAUAGUAUGCCUGUGAUUCAAAACGAUAAUGAAAAUAUUGAUUUUGUAAUUCCUCUAGCAAAUACCAAACCUAAAUCUGUAAAACCGAACAAAAUCAAAAUUAUUUCUAAUAUUUUAAUUGACGUCACUAAUAAAAUUAAACCUACAAGUCACGAUCUUGUGGGCACUAACAAU